AAAGGCAAAACAAAGCUUUCAAGCAUGAAUAUUUGGAUGGCUACAAGAAUUCAACGUUGAGCGUCAUGCUGACAGUGCUAAUUGAAGACUUUUUGCCCGACCUUUAUUUCAAAUACAUCGAAUUAAAUACGAAAUUGCAGAGCAAUUACAGGCAGUACAAUUCUGAUGUCCCGUCAUACCUUCACGAAAGACCACACACUAUGAUUAGGCAUUGUAUGAAAAGACUUGCAUCGUCAGAAUAUACCCUUGCAUCACACAUCAUGGUUGUUGACGAAAUGCAUGGAAUUUUCAAAGUUCGUAGUCAAGACGUAUGCAAGUUUUAUACAUUGUCGUUUGGAAGUGAUCCAGGUGAUCUGACAAGCUGUGAUUGUUAUGACUGGGAAAGACACAGGUUGCCAUGUAAGCACUUCUUUGCGAUUUUCAAGAACUUUCCACUUUGGUCAUUUGAUAAACUACCGAAGUCGUACACGGAAUCUCCAUUUUUAACAGUUGAUCGAAUAGGUUGCACGUUUGUAAUGGAAACAAAGCCAUUUGAGGUAAGCCAAUGUCACUCCGAUGAUUCUUUACAAACCGUCGAAGCACCAGAGGAAAACGAAAUCCACGUAACUAAGGACAAGAAUAUUUUUCCCACCAUUGUAGCUGAGCUAAAACGAAAGCCAUCUUCACAUAGAACAGAAGCCGCAAGGUGCAGAGAACGGUUGGGACACAUAAAGAAUUUAACUUAUGUUGCUGAGGGAUGGGGAAAUGGCAAUGUUUUGCAUGAAGUAAAGGUCAAAUUGGAUGAAUGUUAUAAAAUACUGACUGAUGUUUCUCCAAAGGAAAAUGGUUUAGUGUUGGAAGUGCCAGAUAUAAAGAAAUCUGCCCCAAAAUGUAGCGUCAAAAAUAGCAAGUGUUUAGUAAAUCCGUUUAAACCCAUCCCAAAACCGGCAAAGAAAAAUCCCUGGUCAUGUCGAAGUGGUGCAAAAGCACCAACUUUAAAAAGAAGUUAUGCUUCAAAAUUAACAGAAAUAGAAGGAAAGCAAGCAAAGAUUGGACGAAAUGAUUCAAAUAUUGUGACAGAUGAAAUAAACUCUUCCCAUUACAGACCUAUUGAGCCCUUGAACAAAGAAUCAGGUGAUAAACUGGAAAAGAUCGUUCAGACCCCAAAGCGUGGAUUUUUUAAAAUUAGUAACAUUGACAUAAAUAUAAUCAUCACCAGAAAAGAGUUAACAGAUCACAUCAUUGGUGCUGCACAUGUUUUGCAGAAACAAUUUCCUGCCGUACUUGGUUUAGAAAACACAACACUUGGCCCUUUUACCAAUUUUUCUGUACAUCGGGGUACUUUUUUCCAGAUUCUCCACACAGGUAUUCAUCACUGGGUAUUGGUUUCAAAUAUUGACUGUCAGCCUGCUUCAGUCAAUUUAUAUGACAGUUUGUACAAUGGAAGAGUCAGUUCUUUAACAGAAAAACAAAUUGCCAACCUACUCCAUGAGCCAACACCAUCAAUCACAAUCAACAUACCACAUGUCCACUAUCAAUUCAAUUACGUUGACUGUGGGGUGUUUGCAAUUGCAUUUCUUGUGUCAUUACUUUUUAACCAAGAUCCAACAACUUUGAUGUAUAAUGAAGGUUCCAUGCGAUCACACUUGUUGAGUUGUCUGAAAAAAAAAUGAGUUCACUCCUUUCCCUUUGACAAAGAAAAGGAAAAUUGAUGACAAGAGUCAAAUCCAAAGAAAAUUGAAAUUUUCACUGAUGUUCAACUGGCGAAUGCCAUAGAACCAGAAAGAUCUUGAAAACCCAGACCUAUGGUGUACUCAGUGUGACAAAUGCUUGGAGUGGUUACACAAAAAGUGUUCACCAACAAUGCCAGAUUCAGUUUUCCACAAGACAAAUGUCACUUGGAAGUGUCCAAAAUGCGUAUAAUGAAUCAAAAGAAUAAAAUGCUUUAGAGGAAACUCAAAGUUGUAACUAUAGAAAGAAUUGUUAUAUUUUGUAUUCAAUUGUAAGAGUUUCUCUGGAUUUUUAUUAAAGUGCUUAUAUUACGAA